AUGACAGAGGGGGAUGACACAGAGGAUGACACAGAGGAUGACACAAGGGAUGACACAAGGGAUCACAGAGGGGAUGACUCAAUGGAUGAUUCUGGGGAUGACAGUGGAGAUGACUCAGGGGAUGACACAGGGAAUGACACAGGGGAUGACACUGGGGAUGACUCAGGGGAUGACACAAGGGAUGACUCAUUGGAUGAUUCUGGGGAUGACACAGGGGAUGACACUGGUGAUGACACAGGGAAUUACUCAGGGGAUGACACAGGGGAUGACACAGGGGAUGACACAGGGGAUGACUCAAUGUAUGACUCUAGGGAUCGCACAUGUGAUGACUUACGAGAUGACCCAUUGGAGGACAUAGGGGAUGACACAGGGGGAUGA